AUGCCGUACAACACCACAGCAAUCCCUCCCCGAAAGGAAGUCACAGGCCAAACCCAGCUGCCCCAAAUGUUCAUCCAACACCUAGCCUCGGAAGCCCAGAACAUGGCCAAAGCCGAGCGCAAGCCUCGCCGCAACGUGCAAUACAAGGACGUGGCCGCUGCCGUUUCCCACCACGAUAACCUCGAGUUCCUUGAGGACGUGGUGCCCAAGACUUCUUCCUACAAAGCCAUCAAGGCGCAAGCAGCGGCCGCCCGGGCCCGCGUCAAGGGCGGGAGCGACGUUGUGGUUCCUCCUGCGGGGACCGCCGCCGCGGUCGUUUUGGCGCCUGGACCGGUUAUGGGAGGACUGGCAGCUCCCGAGGGGGUUAUGCUGUCUUUGGAGCAGGGACAAGUAGGUGAUCAUGGAGAUGAGCGGGAUAGGAUGGCGAUGCUGCCGAAUGCCAAGAAGCAAAAGGGGUCCGGCGGGUUGCAGCAAACGUCGAUCUUGAUGUCUAUGAAUGGGGGGUUGCCUGCUGGUACAGGAAGCGGUGCUAGUGGAAGCAUUGGAGGGCUGGCGGCGCCGGUGAAUGGACUCGGUGCUGGCGGGGUUAAUACCGGUAUUACCAAUAUGGGUGUCACGACGGGUGUGGUGGGCAUGUCGUCGGCUUCGGGACGACCGUUUAGUUCUACUCCUGGUGUGAUGAGCGGUAUAAAUAGGGGUAUCUUGUCGGCAUCACCGCCAGCUACUACGUCGGACGAGGAUCCCAGCGCGCAGUUGCAGAUGGAGAUGAGGCAGGCGGCGUCACAGCAAUAUCGGGGUCAUGAUGGGGAUGUGGAUAUGACGGUUGCCGAAUCAACACCAUGGGCCCUUGAUAUGCUCAUCCCAGCGUCCCUUUCCUCAAGGCCGCUCCGAUUGCUGCAGUGA